AAAAUAAAUUCGCAAAAGUACAGAAGGCAGGAAGAGCCAAUUCGGGCAAACACAAACAGUUCGCUCGCUUUCGGCUAGUACAUCGCGGGAAAAUUUAAGUGCAAAUAAAAACAAUGACGACAGCCAAAUGGAUUUGGCGCUUGGCGCUGAGCAUCUUGCUGGUGGUGGGCUUCGUGGACGCGGAAAAGCCGAAAGGGUAUCACCGGGAGAUCUGCCAGUACCGCAAGGGCAAACAUAUCCAGCCCAUGAGUGCCUAUCACAAUCGCCUGCUGGCGAUGCGCCAGCAAAUGAAGAUCAGAGCCACGCUGCAGGGGCCCGAGAUCGACGGCUACAUACUGCCCUCCACGGACGAGCAUCUCAACCAGGAGGUGGCGGUGCGGGAUCAGCGCCUGAGAUACCUCUCCGGCUACAGCGGAGUGCGUGCCUUUGCAGCCGUAACCAGCCAUGGUGCAGCCAUCUGGCUGGAGCACCGCUAUGCCCAGCAGGCGGACGGGGAGCUCGAGUGCGACUGGGAGAUCUAUCUGACCAGUGGCAAUGUCACGGUGGCCGACUGGCUGGGCAGCCAUUUGCACCUCGACAAGCGGGUGGGCGCCGAUCCGCACCUGGUGCCCCACUCCCUGUGGAUGCAGUGGGAGCGCGAGCUGGACGACAAGUUCCUCAAGCUGGUCAAGAUCAACACCAAUCUGGUGGACCACAUUUGGGGCCACGAGCGACCGGAGUCGCCCAAGAACCAGGUGAUUCAGGUGCACUCGAAGCAGUUCGCCGGCGAGUAUUGGCAGGAAAAGGUCAAGGAGCUGCGGCGGCGACUGGCGCACCUGGGCUGCGAUGCCAUGGUGGUCACCUCGCUCACUGAGAUUGCCUAUCUGCUCAAUAUCCGGGGUACGGAUAUUCCCUACACGCCGGUGGUUAAGUCAUAUGCCAUUGUCAGCCAGGAUGACAUAUUCUUUUAUGUGGACCACACCAAGAUCAGUUUGGGUAUAGACCUCCAUCUGCGCACAGACUGCUUCAAUGAAGAUUGUGUAAAGAUUAAGGAGUACAAUCAGAUCUGGAGCGACAUCCGCACCUAUGCCCAGAUCUGGAAGCGCGUCCUGGUCUCCGCACCUUGUGUCCAGGAUCUUGGAGCCUCGGAGGCCAUAUACUCCUCGAUGCCGGGCAAGAUUGUGGUCUUCGAGAUCUCGCCCAUCAUCUUCAUGCGGGCGCAGAAGAACUCCGAUGAGCAGGCCGGCAUGCGGAAGGCACACAUCCGGGAUGGGGCCGCCAUUUGCGAGGCCAUGAGCAACAUGGAGACCAGGUUCCACACGGAGCAGUGGACCGAGGAGAAGAUCAAGUACGAGGUGGAGCUGUGGCGCCUGUCGCAGAAGCACGCCAAGGGCCUGUCCCUGCGCACGGUGGUGGCCUACGGCGAGCACUCCGCCCUGCCCUACUACAUCUCCAGCAACGUGACCAACAUCGAGGUCUCCGACCAGAGCCUGCUGGUCAUCGAGUCCGGGGGCCAGUAUCUGGAGGGCACCACCGACGUGUCGCGCACCUUCAUCUUUGGCGAGCCCACGCACGAGAUGAAGAAGGCCUACACGAAUGUGCUGGCCGGAAUCCUCCACUUGACGCAGCUCAAGUUCCCCGCCGACCUGAAGCCUUCCGAGGUGGACGCCCUGGUGCGCAGCAUGGUGUGGAAGGACAUGACGGACUACCCGCAGGCUACGGGCCAUGGCAUUGGCUCUUUUGGCUCCGUGGAGGAGCCUCCCAUAUCGGUUGCCUACGGCAAGAACAGCAGCUUCCACUUCAAGCAGGGCUACUUCUUCUCCAGCGAGUCGGGAUACUACAAGCGCAACGACUUCGGGGUCCGCCUUAAAAACGUGCUCGAGGUGGUGGACACCGGACACACGCAUCCCAGCGGCGCACACUUCCUUGCAUUCCAGGACGUCACGAUGGUGCCCUACGAGCCCAAGUUGAUCGACAGCACGCUGCUCAGCGCCGCGGAGAAGCGCCUGCUCAACGAGUACAAUGCCAAGAUCCGGAACGACAUCGGCGACGAGCUGAAGCGACUGGGCAACAUGCGCGCCUUCUACUGGAUGAUGAACCAGACGCGCCACAUCCGGGAGUAUCUGCCGGAGGACGAAUACCGCUCGGCGACGGGCGGAGGAAGUGGUGGCACCACCACGGGGCCUCUGUUACUCCUAGGUUUAUCGAUGAUCGCCCUCACUGCGAUGCUACUACCUACGCGAUCUUAGGAGCCUGUAAUUGUGUAAUUAUCUAGACUUAGUUAGCUAUGCAAAUUUAAAGAGAGAAUCCGGGACUAACAUGAAAUCGAACCAAUCAAUAACUGCAACUGUUAGUAUUUUAGUAACGUCAUUUGGCCCUAAACAUCGAGUUAAAUUCGAAUAAAAUCGCACCCUGCCACCAAGUUCCAUGUUUAGGAAUAGGUACUCACUUAAACCAAAUACGUAAAACGAAGUGUAUAAAAUCUUUAAUCGUAAUCGACCAAAAAUAUGUUAAAACUGUUUACAUUAAUACCAGCAUUGUCUCUAUUCUUAAGAAAUAACAUUGUAUAUUUUUCUAAAUAUAAUUUGGAAAGAACGAA